AUGAGUUCCAUUCAAGACUUGCUAAAUCCAGUCGAGGAGUCCAGCCCUACUCGCGCGGAUUCGCAGACGAGUCGACCCCACGAGGCGGCGGCUGAACUGGACGAACGUUCCAAGAAACCAAAAACCUCCAAGGAUAGUGCUGUCUUUCGACCCGGUCCCAUUCAGGGCGAGCUACGCUAUCCUCCCUGUGAAGACCGGACUCCAUUUCUGGAAGAGGAGCAUCGCAAAGCCAAUCUGACUCCCUUUGGCAAUAUCGCCGACUUUCCUCGCCACAUCCCCUACUCCAGUGAGAAGAAGACCUUCUGGGAGAAAACUGGACGUGACAGCUUCAAUGUCUUCCAGUACACCUUCCAGCGCAACGGUGAGGACAAACCGUGGACUGUGACCUGGGACUACAACAUUGGUCUGGUUCGCAUGACCCAUCUGUUCAAGUGCCUGAACCACCAAAAGACAACACCAGGCAAAGUUCUGAACAGCAACCACGGUCUCCGCGAUAUCAGCCACAGUAUCACCGGGGGCUCACUUGCCGCUCAAGGUUACUGGAUGCCCUUCAAAGCUGCCAAGGCCCUCGCUGCCACCUUUUGCUGGGACAUCCGCUUCCUGCUCACUCCCGUCUUUGGCCUCGACUUCCCCGGCAUCUGCGUCUCUCCCACCGAUCAUCUCAACUACAAGCGGAUGAUCAUCGAUCCGGCCAUUGUACGGGAGGCCGCCGAAGAAGCUCGUCGCUACCGGCUACUGGAGCAGCGACCUGACCGCGAGGAGUCGACCGCCUCGUAUCCCCUCGUUCCCCGGAACCUCAAGCGAGUCCGGGACACAUACACUCCCGACUCGUGGGAGUACUCCUCGGUCUCGAGCAAGGUCGCCCGGUACCGAUACGACGACAGCGUCGGGAGCGUCCGCGGUUCGUCCACCGAACCCUACCUUGGCUCGCCUCAGAGUCCCCCCCCACGACAAGGGUUCACACCCAUCAACCGGGCCCCCGACUCAGUCCGCGACUCCCAAGGCUGGCCCAAGAUCACGGGUGCUCACAAGACAGGAGACGCCAGGCUGAGAGCUGAGGGACGUGAGUCGAACACGACCUUGUCGACGACCUCGCAGUUCGACGCUCGGCACCAGUCGUCCUUCCAGCACCGGGCUAGUCUAGCUCGGUACCCUGAUGAUACAGAGCCCGAGAUAGGUGAGGAUCUUCUGACCUCGUCAGAGGACGAAUCUCUCGUCGAGGGUGACCGAGAGCACCGUGGGUCCCGUCAGCAUCCAUCGCCCGGCAACAGUGAAGCCCCCCGAAAUCCAAGCGAGGCAAGCCAAUACUCCUCGCACACGCACCAAGUAGGGCAGAGUGAUCGAGCCAUGCCCCGAUCUGUUCAAUUCGGUCGGUUAGUCACGGCAGCUCAGGCUCUGCUUGAGAUGCAUAUGACGGGGGCUUCUCCGAAGGGCAGUGAUGGAGAGGGCUCUGCCGGGGGUUCGCCUACGGAGGAUGACUCGGAGCAUUCGGGCCCUAGACGGCGCCGAUACUCCAUUUGA